AUGUCUCCGACCGCGCAAACGACCUGCUUCUCUGCAAGCAGACUCAACGACACAACCUUUGUCAUCUGUGAAGACGACAAAUGGAGCGAGAAUCCACUCAUUUACGCGAAACUCUUUCCGAAUAGCUUGGUACUGAUCGACACUGGCUGUGGCGGCGCAGCCAAGGAUCCAACCGUUGAAAUCAGAUCUCUGCGGACUUUCAUCGAGACUUAUCCGGUCUCUGAUAACGAAGAUGAGCCACUGAACAAGAAUGGAACGAGGAACUAUGUCGUAAUUUGUACUCACUGCCAUUAUGAUCACAUCGGUGGCAUAGAAGAAUUCACAGACAGCAAGAGUGCUAUUUGGGCAAGUUCGUUCGACAAGGACUUCAUUCAAGGCCCAGACCGCCUUCCAGAAUCAUCUCUUUGUCGCUUCGUCGGUAUGGAGACACCAAACUACCAAGUCACAGGAUGGGCCAACGAUGGCCAAAGCUUGGUAAACCGUCAAGGUGAGGAUUUGGGGUUAAAGUUUUACCACACGCCCGGCCACACUCCGGACCAACUGGCCAUAUGGGAUCACCAAGAGCGAUUUCUCUUUGUCGGUGACUCCAUUUAUGAGUGGGCAGCUAUCUUGUUUCCGCGGGAGGGAAAUGUCACCACCUAUAGUAAGACCAUUGGAAAAAUGAAGAAGCUGGUUCAGGGAUGGAAUCAAGAGGCUGGAACCACCGGCGAUGCGUUUGCACCGCGAGUGAGAAUGGCAUGCGGCCACAACACCCGUAACGAAGAUGCUCUGGAGCUGCUCGAGGAGGUCGACCGAGUUUUAUUGGCUGCAGUUGAGCAAAGAAUCCAGCCAAUAGAUAAGGGCAUCAAUCGAGAAGAGCAGUCGGAACUGUAUGAGGAUGGAAAUGGGCGCAUUUCUUUCUUUGGAAGUGCAGCUGGCUUUACAGACUUACGGAACAAUGCGGAAGCAGUCGAAGAGAUGCGUAAGCGAUGCGGACUUUGA